AAAAUUUGAAGUCAAUUGAGAACUUCCAUUAAAAAUGGAGUAAUAGUAUUUAUUAUUAUUAUUAUUAUUAUUAUUAUUAUUAUUAUUAUUAUUAUUAUUAUUAUUAUUAUUAUUAUUAUUAUUAUUAUUCUGAUCCUACUUUUUGCUUAUGGCAUAGUUGGUUUUGCAUAUUUCUUUAUUGUGAAAUUUGUUUUGACAAAUUUUCUUUGUGACCCUUUUUUUCAUAACACUUUAAAGAGCUCAAGUUGCUACUUUCUCCGGGUAAAUUUCCAAUAAUAGAUUUAUAAAGUUUCAAUUUUUAUGUUUUUUUUUUUUCCAAUUUUUGGUGUACCUGUUAUAUAAUCUUGCAUAGUACUUGGGAUACAUGUAUGCGGUACCUGUAUUAGAGCGCGACUAAGUACUUAUUAAUAUUUCAUAUUCAGAGCUCGAACCUAAGUUUAUGUUUUUUGUGGAGUUUGUUUAGCAGUCUUUCUUUGUGACCCUUUUUUUUUUUUUUUAGAACACUUUAAAGAAGUCAAUUUGCUACUUUUCUUGGUAAAUUUUCAAUAAUAGAUAGAUCUGUCUAUUCAUUUUACUUUAUAAAGUUUCAAUUUUUAUGUGUUUUUUUCCCAAUUUGUUGGGAUUCAGGUGUCCGGUACCUAUAUUGGAGCGCGGGGAAUACUCAUUAAUCUUACAUAGUAGUAGUAUUUUUCACAGUUUCUUGUUUCAAUAAGUUUAGAUCUGUAUAUUCAUUUGACUAUAUAAAGUUUCAAUUUUUAGGUGUUACUUGUUUGCUAAUUUUGGUGUUCCUCUUAUAAUCUUACAUUGUAUUUUUGGUUUGCCGGUGUCUGGUAUCAGCAUUAGAGCGCGACUAAAUAGGGAUUAAGAUUUCAUACCCAGAGCUCGAACCUGAAGUUUCUGUUUUUUGUGGGGUUUGUUUGACAAUCUUUCUUUUUGACCCUUUUGUUAUAACGCUUUUAUGAGCUUAAUUUGCUACUUCUCAUGGUGAAUUUCGAGUCAUAAUCGUAUUAAUAACUUUGAUAUCAGUAAUCUUUUUCAUUAGUUUCUCGUUGGGUUCCUAAGUCUAGUGCGUUGUGGUUACUCACUUUAGAGGCGGACUUAGAAUUUUAAGUUGGUAAAGUUGCUGCUAUGUGACCAGGAGGUCACGGGUUCAAGCCUUGGAAACAGCCUCUGGUAGAAAUGCAAGGUUCUAACUAAACAUCUGCUACAUCAAGUCGAGAAAAUUUGAAAAAUCAUGGCGCAGACAUUAGAAGCCAUCAAGGGUGGUGGAGGUUCGAUUAAAGUGGGAACUACUGGGAAAGUCAGCACCUUGAUGUCGAAAGAAUUAGAUUCCAAAAAACCGUCUUCUCAGACGCCAUCAUCGUCUAGGAAUAAAUCUCCCACAGUUUGCGGUUUCAUUGCCGGUAGCGCGAUUAGUCCAAAGCGAAUGAAGCCGAGAACAUCAAGCGACGAAGCGAGCAGCAGCGGAACAACAUGUAAGCAUAGCAAUAAAAGCCCUGAAUCGUUAAGGAAGACGAAACACAACAGCAGAAAAACACAUCAAAUUCCAAUACUAGAAUCAGAAAACAUGUCGGUAGAUGGAACUCCUAUUAGCCAGCUGAAAACUGACAGAAAGGGACAUUACAAGGUGGAAAUCGUCGACGUAAAAUGCAAAAGUAUGGACAGAACUUGGGCUAUUCCUAUAAAAAAUAGCCUAAAGAAGCUCGGUUUCACAAAGCUAUCGGAGAGCUCGGUCUAACUCUAUGUUGCUCGGACUCUUCAAAAAUGUCAGCAGGUGCACGUCGGAUUCGCCAAAAGUAGUGUAUUUUCGGAGAAUCCUACACGUUGUGGCAUCAAAAGUGAAGAGUCCGCGCAACAUCAGCCUUUAGAUUCGUGUAAGUGAAUCUCGAAAUAGCAGCUGGUGUAUUACAUUCUGCAACUUCUACCAUUGAACACAGGCUAGGCAUCAUCAGCUUACUAGUCCUCCUUUUCUUUUCGGGAUCGGCGACGAACGCAACUUGACGUGGCUUAUGAACUAUGUUACUCAGACUCCUCAAAAAUGUCGGCGGACGUUGCAUGUCAGAUCCUCCAAAAGUAGUGUGCAACAUUUUCGGAGAGUCCGAGCAACAGACUUUGUGAUGGUUUAGCUGUAGCUUAUUGAAGUACUCGAUUUCACGCAACACGAGCGAUCCAACGGUCCCUCUGCUGCCUAUUUCAACAAGAGGAUUAUUUGUAGCAUUCUUCUCAGUAUACUCAGAUUUUUGCAUUAUAUGUGGAACAAUUAUACUAUAAGGUCGAAAAUUAAGUGUUUUUUAUGAAAUGUGAAUUGGUUAUUUUGGUUA